UUGAGGGGAUUUGGCGGUAUUCUCCGUUACGCAUAGUGUAGGAGAAACGAUCAUAUAUUAUGGCGCUCCUGGGUGGAUGCGUUUAGCAACCGUAAUAGCCCGGUGACCUUUCUGUUCUCAGUCGAUAUGACGGCUCCCGUUAUUGAUCCAUUUUAUACCCAUCUUUACGACACCUGUAAUGAACGUUUAAAGGCGGUGGAAGCGGCUUUGGCUGAAGUCUCGGCAAAGCAGAAGCAAAGUGAAGACGACGAAACUGCUGCCGGUGAUGUCAGUUCAGCAAACGUGUCAAACGUGCUGCAGUCCAGUGAAUUUCAACAGGCUGUGGACAGAGCUAUCUCUGCCCGUUUGCAGCAAGAGUUCCAGAUGGCUGCCGGCUCAUCGACACCUCCCGAGACUCAGUCAGCCGCGCCUGUGUUGACGCAAACGUUUGUACGGGGAGGCGCUGCUGGUGCCCGUGGAGGCCGUGGUCGCGGUGGCCGAGGUCGUGCUCGUGGACGUGGCCGUGGUGGUACACGCAACGGCGGCAAUGGCGAAUCCCGCAAACCGGCUGUGACGGUUGAACGGAACCAAGACGACAAGUCGCGGUGUGAUUUCUGCGGUCGGCAAGGUCACCAAGAAAGCCGGUGUUGGGAUCGCAUGCGGGAACGUAAAGCGGCACACGCGAAGCAUGGAAAUGCUCUGCCGUCGGAAGUGGGACAUUCCCGUCGAGGACGUGGAUCCCGAGCUGCGCGUGGAAAUUGAGCGGGACUGCGUCACCAAACCUCGUCGUCCUGCCAGGAAACCGGACGAGCCCGUCGACGAAACCGAUCGCCCCGUUAUCCGGACACUUCGUAACCGGACCCUACGGGAACCCUCGCCGUAAUG